GCGGCAGUCUAAUUCCGACCGCCACGCUCGUUGCUCGCGCGCGCUCGUCUCUCCGCGACUCCGCGCAAUUAAAGAAACAAUGGACACACGUCACUAAUAGAUAACAUGUCGGUGAUGUGAUGACGCAGGCUCGCGAAUCCCUCGGCAUCAUGGACGGCAACCCGCCUUCCUGCGACUUCUCCACGAAGACCAAGCGAGGGGUCUACCUCUCCAAGGGCCUGGCCUUCGUCAUCCUCGUCAUCUUCGCCCUGGCCCUCGUAGCCACCUCCUUCAUCGUGUACAACUUCGCAGCCUGCCCCAGAACUGAUCAGCUGGCCAACGUCACCAAAUACGAACUUACCCACUGUGACCAAUCCAAACUCUUAGUGAUACCUCUUAGUACUGAAAGUAGUAAAAGUGUUCUGCCUUUAGAAACAACGACUCUCUUCACAACCACAGAAGUCGCCGAAGCCGCGAUAACUGAUGUGCGAUUGCCAACUAACGUCAAACCUGACAAAUACAAACUCAAGUUGACUCCAUACAUUUACGAGGGUAACUUUACUUUCGAUGGUGAAAUUAGUGUAGUGUUAACUGUGAAAAACGAUACCAACCGAGUGACCUUCCAUGGUGUUGAACUCACGUUUCAUAACAUAAGUUUGUUUGAGAAAGCUGACAACAGAUUCAUCAGGAUCGUGAGAAGAACGGAGGAUGUGCCAAGGCAAUUCCACGUGUUGGAGCUGAACGAAACGCUAAAGGCUGGGCGGCAGUACGUGCUAAAUAUCACGUACACUGGAAUCUUAAACGAUAACCUUCACGGUUUCUACAGAAGUUCUUACGAGGAGAAAAAUGUGACGAGAUGGAUAGCCGUAACCCAGUUCCAAGCCACAGACGCCCGCCGUGCGUUCCCGUGCUGGGACGAGCCGGCGCUGAAGGCUCGCUUCACCAUCAGCAUCGCCCGACCCUCCAACAUGAGCUCCGUGUCAAAUAUGAACAACGUCGGACGAGAACCUCAUGCCACCUUACCAGACUACACAUGGGACCACUAUGCCGAAUCUCUUCCGAUGUCGACCUACCUGGUCGCCUUCGCCGUCACAGACUUUGGCAGCAUGAGUGACAAGAACUUCACUGUAUGGGCUAGGAAAGAGGCCCUGUCCUCUGCAGCCUAUGCCCUGGACAUAGGCCCGAAGAUCCUGAAGUUCCUGGAGGUCUACUAUAAGAUCAAGUUCCCACUGCCAAAGAUCGACAUGAUAGCGUUGCCUGACUUCAAGGCCGGUGCUAUGGAGAAUUGGGGGCUGCUUACUUUUAGAGAAAUAGCAAUGUUGUACGACAACAACAUUUACCCUACGACGGCCAAGGCGCGCGUGGCUGCAGUAGUGGCUCACGAGAUCGCUCAUCAGUGGUUCGGCAACCUGGUGACCCCGGCCUGGUGGUCCGACAUCUGGCUCAACGAAGGCUUCGCUAGCUACGUGGAGUACGUAGCUGUUGAUGCCGUGGAGAAAACAUGGGAAUCCAUGGAGGUGUUCGUCCUGAAUGAGGUGCAGAGCGUCUUCAAGCUGGACGCCUUGACCUCCUCCCACCAGAUCUCGGUGGAAGUCGGCAACCCUGAGGAGAUCGGGGCCAUAUUUGACAAGAUCUCUUAUGGGAAAGGUUCCGCCAUCCUCCGCAUGAUGAACCAUUUCCUCACCGACGACGUCUUCAACUCCGGGAUCACGGACUACCUCAACGCGAAGAAGUAUGGUGAUGCGGAACAGAGAGACCUCUGGAGCGCCCUCACCAAUGCCGCCCACCAGAGGGGCGCUUUGGACGCCGAUGUAGCCGUCAUCAUGGACUCCUGGACUUUGCAGACUGGGUUCCCAGUCCUGACCAUUACGAGGGAUUACGAUAGUGGAGUCGUAUCUUUAAGACAGGAGCGCUUCGUUCUCAUCAAUAACACGGCAGACAAUCAGACGUCCCCCGUGUGGUGGAUACCGGUGUCUUACACCACUGCUUCGGAGAAGGACUUCAAGUCCACCAGACCACGGGUCUGGCUGAGGGGAGAGAGGGCGAUCGAGGUCAAGAACAUAUCGGCUGGGAAGGACGAGUGGUUGAUAGCCAAUAUUCAGCAGACAGGUUUCUAUCGAAUAAACUACGAUAGUCGCAACUGGAAGAUGCUAGUCGAGGUCCUCAACAACCCCUCUCGAUUCCAAGAGAUCCACCCCAUCAACAGAGCCCAGAUUGUCGACGAUGCUAUGAACCUGGCGCUGGCUGGCCGAUUGGACUACAGAACUGCUCUGGACAUCACCAGCUACCUCACUCAUGAGAGAAGCUAUGUGCCCUGGAAGGCUGGUUUGGUGGCUUUGGGGUAUAUUGAUAUGAUGCUGUCGAAAGGAGCUUAUUACUUGGAGUAUAAGCGGUACGUGCUCCGUCUCCUCGACGGUGCGGUCAAAGACCUCGGCUGGGAGGUGUCAGCCAACGAGAGCGUGGUGCGGGCCCAGCAAAGAGCCGACCUACUGUCCACGGCAUGUCACCUGGAGCAUGUGGAUUGCAUGGAGCAUGCCGUCAGGAUGUACACCAACUGGAUGCUCACGCCUAACCCUGAUGCAUACAACGAUAUCCACGCCGACGUUCGCAGUACUGUGUACUGUGUGGGUAUCCAAGCGGGCGGUGCGCGGGAGUGGCGUUUCGCUUGGGAACGGUUCCGAGUGGCCAGUGCGCCGGCGGAGAGAGAGCUGUUGCUGACUGUACUCGGUUGUACGCGGGCUCCUUACUUACUGUACAGGUACCUCGAGCUUUCUUUGAGGAAUGACAGCGGUAUUCGGAAGCAGGACACAGUGAGAGUGUUCUCAGCUGUAGCCAGUUCAGCAAUCGGUCAGCCCAUAGCCUUCAACUUCGUGCGAGCCAACUGGCAAAGGAUUAAGAAUUAUGUGAACUCAGCUCUAACGCUGAACACCAUCGUGAAAGUGGUGACGCGAAGGUUGAAUCAACAACAUGAGUAUGACGAGCUCUUAAGAUUCAUAUCAGAAUCGUGCACAGAGCUCGGUCGUCCAGUAUCGCAGGUGUUGGAAAGCACAGCAGCCAACGUGCAAUGGAUGCAGAACAACUACCAGGUCAUAGUCGACUGGCUCCUGGCAGCUGACCAGGAGAAGACCUGGUGACCUGGAAGAACUUUAGACAUAAAUGGUUUAGCUUAAGCACAUUCGCUUUUGAGAGAUUAUGGUUAGCACUUUUUAUAUUAAAGCGAAUAUUUUUAAUGCUGUUACACUAUUUCAGUAUGGAAAUAUUUAAAAUGAGUCUCACUUGGAUUCUAAAAUCAAGAACAAAUCUGAUUUCAUUAUCAGAAUGAAUUAAGAUUCAUCUACAUUUGAGUUAUGAUGCGGUGAAUUAGGACAAAACUCACACACAAUAUUCUGUUGUUUUUGAUGUCUUCAAUUAAGAAGUAACAAAUUCUUGACCAAACUACCUUUGUAAAACACGUAGCAUCUAUUUUUUUAAUAUAGCUAAUUUAUAAUGGAUUUGUCGUACGUAUUGUUUAUUUGGUAAUCGAAUGUUGAACUUGUGAAGCUAUAGAGCAUCUAUAAAACCCACUAGUCACUUUAAAACUGGAUUAGUUUAGUCGUUAAAUCGAAAUAAAUACCAAAGUGAUAGGAUAGUCGUAAUUAUUCGGUCUAAUCGAGUUAUCUUGAAUAGCGACACGCGACUACUAUACAAAAUUUUUGAUAAUACAAUCUCUUUUGUACAAUUUUUAUUUAUACAGGGUGACGACUUCGCCACCUGGAUUAUUUAAAAUGGCGACUAUGCUCAUCGUAACUUACAACAUUUUUAAUAUUCAGCAAUAUUGUAAAAUGUAAAAGUGUUCCCCAUUAAAUAUGAAUUUUAAUCAUGAUUAUUUUUCGUUCAUAAUAUUUCUUCCAAAAUAAAAUGGUUUCCCAUAAAAGAGUUCUGACACAGGUUGAUAUGAGUUCAGUAGCCAUUUUGAAUAAUACGAAAGUCAGCAAUGAUUUUGUGUUCACUCAAUUAGCAAAAGGAUAGUUAUUCAUUGAAUUACAUUAUAAUUAAAUUAAUUUAGUUUGUAAGUAGAUGUUAUUAAUUAAGGUUGCUUUAAGUUCUGUAGAUCCAAAUAAGAUUUUAAUCAUUUUCUCAGUGUUUAUUAUUGUCACACAAUGUUUUAGUGUCAAUCAAUCAAAUUUUCAAAAAUAUGUAUCUUGCUAUCUCGAAGAGCCAUUUUUUCUUUUAAAUUUAAUGUAUUAAAGUACAAUUUCAUAUUUUUUUUAUUAAUAAUAUACAAUGUAUUUUUAGUACAAUUUUUGUUUCUUAAACUAAACAUAGAAAUAAUAUGAAUCUGAUAAUUUUAAAAUGCAAAUUAAUGUUUCUGUACCUAAGUACUAGCUAGAUAAUCCUUGAAUAUGAUUGAAAAAUUAGUAAAAUUAUGUACAUAUUUACGCUAACGUUUUACUCGUGUCUUUGAACUCCGGUGGGCUAUAAAUGAUUUGAUUGCUCACAUGGCGUUCAAAGAGUGGCAUAUUUAUAACAAUUUUCCUAAUAAAUGGAGUAUGUUUUUAAAAGAA